GAAGAUCUAGGCUUCUGAAAUGUUUCCCCUGAAGGAUGCUGAAAUGGGUGCCUUUACCUUCUUUGCCUCAGCUCUGCCACAUGAUGUUUGUGGAAGUAAUGGGCUUCCUCUUACACCAAAUUCCAUCAAAAUUUUGGGGCGAUUUCAAAUCCUUAAGACCAUCACUCAUCCCAGACUUUGCCAGUAUGUGGAUAUUUCUAGGGGAAAGCAUGAAGUGUUUAUUGCCUUCUUAUGUGGUUGCUGUGUAGGGCAUAAGAAGGUAUUGCAUAAGCUGAGACACUUAAUAGAGAGACUGGUGGUGGUAGCUGAACACUGUGAACGGAGUCUAGAAGACUUGCUUCGAGAGAGGAAACCCAUGAGCUACUCAAAGGUUUUGUGCAUAGCAUUUGAGGUACUUCAGGGUUUGCAGUAUAUGAACAAACAUGGUAUAGUACACCGGGCACUUUCUCCUCAUAAUAUUCUUUUGGACCGAAAGGGACAUGUUAAAUUGGCUAAAUUUGGACUUUAUCACAUGACAGCUCAUGGUGACGAUGUUGAUUUCCCAAUUGGGUAUCCAUCAUACUUGGCACCCGAGGUAAUUGCACAAGGAAUUGUCAAAAGCACUGAUCAUAUGCCAAGUGAAAAACCAUUGCCUUCUGGCCCCAAAUCAGAUGUGUGGUCUCUUGGAAUAAUUUUAUUUGAGCUUUCUGUGGGAAGAAAAUUAUUUCAAAGCUUGGAUAUUUCUGAAAGACUAAAAUUUUUGCUUACAUUAGGAGGGGCCCUGAAGCACCGGGAGGGAGGCAGGCUGACCCGUCGGAGGGAUGGAUUCACAGGAGCCCAGUGCUGGGUGUUUGUGUGGUGCAAGCACGUUCGUUUUCUCUUUGAAGAUGGUGAAAGCUUUGGGCAAGGUCGAGACAGAAGCUCACUGUUGGAUGACACCACUGUGACGUUGUCAUUAUGCCAGCUAAGGAAUAGAUUAAAAGAUGUUGGUGGAGAAGCAUUUUACCCACUACUUGAAGAUGACCAGUCUAAUUUACCUCAUUCAAACAGCAAUAAUGAGUUGUCUGCAGCUGCCACUCUCCCUUUAAUCAUCAGAGAGAGGGACACAGAGUACCAACUAAACAGAAUCAUUCUCUUUGACAGGCUGCUAAAGGCUUAUCCAUAUAAAAAAAAUCAAAUCUGGAAGGAAGCACGAGUUGACAUUCCUCCUCUUAUGAGAGGUUUAACAUGGGCUGCUCUUCUGGGAGUUGAGGGGGCUAUCCAUGCCAAAUAUGAUGCAAUUGAUAAAGACACUCCAAUUCCUACAGAUAGACAAAUUGAAGUGGAUAUUCCUCGUUGUCAUCAGUACGAUGAACUGCUGUCAUCACCAGAAGGUCAUGCAAAAUUUAGGCGUGUAUUAAAAGCCUGGGUUGUGUCUCAUCCUGAUCUUGUGUAUUGGCAAGGUCUUGAUUCACUUUGUGCUCCAUUCCUAUAUUUAAAUUUUAAUAAUGAAGCCUUGGCUUAUGCAUGUAUGUCUGCUUUUAUUCCCAAAUACCUGUAUAACUUUUUCUUGAAAGACAACUCGCAUGUAAUACAAGAGUAUCUGACUGUGUUCUCUCAGAUGAUUGCUUUCCAUGAUCCAGAGCUGAGCAAUCAUCUCAAUGAGAUUGGAUUUAUUCCAGAUCUCUAUGCCAUCCCUUGGUUUCUCACCAUGUUUACCCAUGUAUUUCCACUGCACAAAAUUUUCCACCUCUGGGAUACCUUACUCCUUGGGAACUCCUCUUUCCCAUUCUGUAUUGGAGUAGCAAUCCUCCAGCAGCUUCGGGACCGGCUUUUGGCUAAUGGCUUUAAUGAGUGCAUUCUUCUCUUCUCUGAUUUACCAGAAAUUGACAUUGAACGCUGUGUGCGAGAAUCAAUCAACCUCUUUUGUUGGACUCCUAAAAGUGCUACUUACAGACAGCAUGCUCAACCUCCAAAGCCAACUUCUGAUAGCAGUGGAGUCAGAAGUUCAACACCUUUUUUCUCCACUGAGUGUCCAGAUCCUCCGAAAACAGAUUUGUCAAGAGAAUCCAUCCCAUUAAAUGACCUAAAGUCAGAAGUAUCACCCAGGAUUUCAGCAGAGGACCUGAUUGACUUGUGUGAACUCACAGUGACAGGCCAUUUCAAAACACCCAUGAAGAAGACAAAGUCCAGUAAACCAAAGCUCCUGGUAGUUGACAUCCGGAACAGUGAAGAUUUUAUUCGGGGUCAUAUUUCAGGCAGCAUCAACAUUCCAUUCAGUGCUGCGUUCACUGCAGAUGGAGAGCUUACCCAGGGCCCUUUCACUUCUGUGCUCCAGAGCUUCAAAGGGAAGGUCAUUGUCAUUGUGGGGCAGGUGGCAAAGCACACAGCAGAGUUCGCAGCUCACCUUGUGAAGAUGAAAUAUCCAAGAAUAUGUAUUCUCGAUGGCGGCAUUAAUAAGAUCAAGCCAACAGGCCUCCUCACCGUCCCGUCUCCUCAAAUAUGA